CUUCCGACGAACCUCUCUCUCCACGCGACCGGAAAAGAAACAAUCAGAGAGAGAAACAGGCCACCGCAGGUCCCACCCACAACAAUGUUCAGCCGCAGCGCCCUGGCGCGAUCUCUCGCCGUCUCCGAGCAGCUCUGCACCCGCCCCAGCGUCACCCGCAUCCAAGCUUCAUCAUCACCUCUCCGCAGCGCAGCAGCAUCCUUCCACCAAAAGAGCUACGCCGCACAACAAGCAACGCAAACCACUCCCCCCUCCUCAUCCGCCUCCUCCUCCGCACCCUUCACUCCUCCCACCACAUCCACCACCUCGACAACAUCAACAACACAAACAACACAACAAACCAAAAUCCCACCACCCCCCCAAUUCACCACGCCCCUCAAAGCAAGCGAAUCCCUCCUGGAAACCCUCCCGCACCUCGCCGCGCAGCGCCCGCACUUCCUCACAGCGCUCAUCCACGACCGACCCUACCUAAUCACGGAAGGCGACUCCGUGCGUCUCCCGUUCCUGAUGGCCGGCGUGGAGCCCGGCGACGUGCUGCGUCUGAACCGGGCGAGCGUGCUCGGGUCGCGCGAGUUCUCGCUCAAGGGCGCGCCCUUCGUCGACGAGAGACUGUUUGAGUGUCGCGUGCGCGUCAUGGGCGUCGACGCUGAGCCGCUCCGCAUUAAGGAGAAGACGAAGCGGAGGAAUCGCCAUGUGCAGCGUGUUACUAGCAAGCAUCGGUAUACUUUGCUUCGUGUGAUGGAGGUUAGGGUUAAGGGGGUGGAGGAGUUGAGGGAGGAGGGGGUGGAUGUUGUUAAGGAAUAGUUGUUUGACUUUGGUUGGUAUUGUUGAACGAGUUGCUUUUACUUUUUAUUGGUUGAUUUUCUGUUUCUUUUUGUCUGUUGCUGUGUCGUGUCUGAUAUCUGUUUUCGGGGAUUUAGGAUUGAUGUGUGGUUGGGAGGGAAGAAAGAAUCUAGGUGGAUUGUACAGAUAGACUGUGUAUUCUAGGAUAAAGUGUUAUAUG